AGAGAGAGAGAGAGAGAGAGAGAGAGAGAGAGAGAGAGAGAGAGAGAAGGAGGUGGAGGAGGAGGAGGAGGAGGAGAGACAGAGAGGAGAGGGAGACAGAAAGAAGAGACAGAGACAGAGACAGGGAGAGGAGAGAGACAGCAAGAGGAGAGAGACAAAGAGAGAAGAGACCCAGAGACCCGGAGAAGGACAGAGACGGGGAGCGAGACCGAGGCGGGGUGGGGGGUGGGGGGGUGAACAUAUGACUCAGUAACUUUGGAGCCGCCGUGUUUUCUCCCCUGCGAACCCGGGAGCCUCCCAGGCCCGCUCGGCAUGUAUUCGUCCCCGCUGUGCCUGACCCAGGAUGAGUUCCACCCAUUCAUUGAGGCCUUGCUGCCCCACGUCCGAGCCUUCGCCUACACCUGGUUCAACCUUCAGGCUCGGAAACGCAAGUACUUCAAGAAGCAUGAGAAGCGUAUGACAAAGGAUGAGGAGCGGGCAGUGAAGGAUGAGCUGCUGGGAGAGAAGCCUGAGGUCAAGCAGAAGUGGGCAUCCCGCCUCCUGGCCAAGCUGCGCAAGGACAUCCGGCCCGAGUGCCGAGAGGACUUCGUCCUAGCCAUCACGGGCAAGAAACCUCCAGGAUGCGUCCUCUCAAACCCCGACCAGAAGGGCAAGAUGAGGAGAAUCGACUGCCUGCGCCAGGCGGACAAGGUGUGGCGGCUUGACCUCGUCAUGGUCAUCCUCUUCAAGGGCAUCCCCCUGGAAAGCACCGAUGGGGAGCGGCUGGUUAAAGCCGCCCAGUGUGGCCACCCUGUGCUUUGUGUCCAGCCCCAUCACAUCAGUGUCUCCGUGAAGGAGCUCGACUUGUACCUGGCCUAUUUCAUCAGAGAGAGAGACUCAGAGCAGAGCGGCAGCCCCCGGGCAGGAAUGGGCUCUGACCAAGAAGACAGCAAGCCCAUCACACUGGACACCACAGACUUCCAGGAAAGCUUUGUUACAUCUGGAGUCUUCAGUGUCACUGAGCUCAUCCAAGUCUCCCGGACACCUGUGGUGACAGGCACAGGACCGAACUUCUCCCUGGGCGAGUUACAAGGGCACCUGGCCUAUGACCUGAAUCCUGCCAGUGCGAGCAUGAGAAGAACACUGCCCAGCACAUCCUCCAGUGGGAGCAAACGACACAAAUCGGGAUCCCUGGAGGAAGACGUGGAUACGAGCCCCGGCGGGGACUACUACACGUCACCCAACUCCCCGACGAGUAGCAGCCGCAACUGGACGGAGGACAUGGAAGGGGGGAUCUCACCCACAGUGAAGAAGACUGAGAUGGACAAGUCCCCCUUCAAUAGCCCAUCGCCUCAGGACUCACCUCGCCUCUCCAGCUACACCCAGCACCACCGGCCUGUCAUCGCUGUGCAUAGCGGUAUCGCCCGGAGCCCUCACCCCUCCUCUGCGCUGCAUUUCCCUACCACCUCUAUAAUACCCCAGACGGCCUCCACCUACUUUCCCCACACUGCCAUCCGAUACCCGCCUCAUCUCAACCCCCAGGACCCCCUCAAAGAUCUCGUCUCCUUGGCCUGUGACCCAUCCAAUCAGCAGCCAGGACCGUUAAAUGGAAGUGGUCAAGUCAAAAUGCCCAGUCACUACCUUUCCACCCAGAUGCUGGCACCACCACCGCCCCCAGGCAUGCCCCGGCUGGCUAUCUCCCCUGACACCAAAUCUACCACCACAACUUCCGAGGGAGGAACCACAUCGCCGACUUCACCCACCUACUCUGCGCCCAGCACGCCCCCUGCAAACCGUCCCUUUGUGGGAUUAGGACCAAGGGAUCCAGGGGGGAUUUAUCAGGCACAGUCCUGGUAUCUGGGAUAAGCAAAGUUCUCCCUACAUGUCCCUUCUCCUGUGUCUCGGGGCUAUCUCGGGGGGAGAAAGGCAGCCCCCCGGCCCAUGUUUUUGGUGGAGAGCUAGUGCGAGUGAGGACGUCCUCCCAGCCACCCCCCGCCAACAUCCAACCCGACAAAAAAAACAAACAAAAACACAACAAAAAGAGACAAACAAAAAACCAAGAAGAAAACAAGAGGUAAGACAGAAAAGUCAGAGACUCUCUCCGAAGAGCGAGUGAGGUUCCACGCCUGGCAGUCAGAAACAUCGUCGCCCCGUCCCCCAGCGACAGACACCCCGGCCAAGGGACAGGCCCCUUGCGUCCAACGGGCACUGCCCAGACGUAGGGCCCCGGGGGGCAGCCUAUGCAAAACGGUGUCUUUCUAAUUUAUUCAUCUCCUUUACACCUGCCACGACUGAAGAAAGGACCGGAUGCCCAGCCUGUCCCCCCACCCUGACCCCUGCUCCCAUGCCUGCACCCAGGACAGAUGGCUGCUUGCUCCUGUUGGCAUUGGGCAGGCUGAGAGCAGUUCCCAUUGGCACCAGCGGCCAUCCCUUUGCCUAGGGAUGAGCAGAUGAAAAAAAAAAAUCUGUGCUUUGGGUUAGCUCCCAGACCCUUAGCUGUCCAGACUCCUUAACCAGAGAGAGGUGAGCAUGUCCUUAAGGCCCACUACAGAGGGGCAUCAUGAGGAAAAGGAACUGUACUGGGUGCAUUCUGUUCCUCCCUGUCUGCCCUGACUGCAGUCAAAUCAGCUGGUAUCCCCUUCCCCUGAACCUCCAUUCUGGGGCUGGAUGGCAGCAUUCCAAAGAGGCUGGUGCCCAUGAUGCUUGCUAUUUGCCAAGGAGGUCAGGCAGCAACAUCCCACCUUCCCAAGCCCCCUGGAGAUCAGAAUACCUGUCACAAGUGACAGACAUAUCCAUUGGGACUAAUGUUCUUUGUGUGCUGUAGAAGGGGUGAGGAGUGGAGAUGGGCAUAGUAGGGUCUCCUGGUGGUUCCAGACAUUAUAAGGGUGGCAGUGGUGGCAAGGGAGAAAGUGGCUCUCAAGAGACAGUGACAGUGUUGGUUGGAGUGGCACAGAAUGGGCAGGGCUUGGUGGCACAGGGUUCCUUGGUGAGAGGAUUCAGCAUGGUCCAAGCUAAAAAAAAGGAGCCUCAACCAAAUUCUUUUGCCCCAGGGAAAUCAUUGAAAAAAUGCUAUCUCCUACAUCCACCACAUCUGGAGGUAUCUAAUUUGGCCUAAUGCUUGAUGCUGGACCACUCUCCUUACAUCUGUAUUUUUAUCUGACUGGGACUCAUUUUUUCUUCAUGCCUACCCCAUUUGGGAGAAAAGGUCUCUAUGCAAUCAGUCCCACUCCUCCCACUUCUUGGUGCCCUGGAGCCCAGGACCUGGCAACUGAUGGGACUGCAGAAGGAGGUGGCCCACCAAAACCUGUGCCCCAAAGCCUAAUGCCUUGGGGAUGAUGAUGUACGUGCUGCAAAAGAUGCACUUUUGGAGGACAGGAAGGGAAGGAAAAGCCACUGUAAAAUAUGCCCCUCACCCACCCACUGCUGCCAAGGCUUUAGCCCAACUCUUAAGGGUGUUGACAGAGGCCCCCCCAGAGUGGAGAGGUUAGGGGUGGGGAUGGCAAUAAGAGAUCCCACCCUCUCUGACAAAAAUCCCAACCCCCUUCCCCACCCCAUCUAACUGGGCUGUGGAGUGUGCGCGAUUUAAGUGCCUGAAUCCUGGAUCGCUGCCCUCAGCUACUGCCCUCCCACACCCCUAACUCACAACAAGUGAUCAUGGAUGGUCUGGAGCCAAGACCCGGGUGGCCCUUUGCCCUCCAUGCUCACCCAAGGCACCUCCCUUCCUGCCAGCUCCUCAGAACCACCCCCUGCAGGGUGUUGCUGUGUGUUCCCUGUGUGUCAUCACAGAUACUUCACCAAGGGCCAGCAGGAGAUCCUGGGAUCUCUGGUUCCCCCCUUGGUAUCUGGGCCGAGGCCCCUCUGAUUUCCAGGGAUGCUAGGACUCUCCCUAGGGAAAGAGGAGGGGGACAUCUCCUUUCCCGUGGCCCAUCCUCCCAUUCAGCAAGGUAUCUUUUUGGGUCUCAGACACUCUCAUCUCCUUACCUCCCCACAUAACCCAAGCCAGAGAGAUGGGAGACUGAAAGACAGAGUGGGCAUUUGCCCCUGCCAGCCAACCGCCCGUCUGGGACAGUGGAGAUUGGGGCCAAAGGGGUCGGGGAAACUGCCCCUCUGCCCCAGGUCCCUACUGCCCCCUCUGCCAGUGCCUUAAAACCAAGAGUGAUGCCCUUCCCAUAUCCAUGUCUCCUCCCCCCAUGCCACUGCCUGCCCUUCUUCCCAGCUCAGCCCAGGCCAGGCCAAGGGGAAUCACCCCACUGCACUUUUGUCCUCCCUGUUGGCUCUUGGGGGCGUGAGAUAGGUUGGAAAGGGAAAGGUCACUCAGUUCAGUCCCCUACUCUGUGACCGAUCCCUGGGAGAGAUGGGAUGAACCCCAGUAGGAAGGGAAGGGGGGACUAAGGGGAGGUCCCAUAGUCAAGGUCCAGAACAAGUUAAGAUCUGGCAGAGAGGGAAACUGCCAAACUCCAACUGGCAAGGAGGGCAGUACCCUGGCCCUGACUGGCUUUUCCCUAGUGCCCUUGGUGCCUGGGCACCCCCUCCCACUUGCUCCCCCCAUAAACACAUACACCCCAGCAGAGUGAGGAGUAGCUCAGGCCUGGGGUGGGCAAUCUGUUAAGCAUUUCCGUUGAGCCGCUCUGAUAACACUAAGCUCAGGGAGCCAGCCCUAGGCCUCCCUCCUGCUCUCACCUCUGACCCUACCUCCCUCAGUCACCAGGGGAGAGAGGAGACACUUGGGACUACACUUCUGGGCUGCCCUCGGGCCUCUCGAGACCUUCCCAUUGGCCUCGGAGGGGCCCCUUUCCUAGAGGGGCCUGAGCCAUCCAAGGGGCACUGAGCCAAGGGGGCUCCUCCCCCACCAUGGGAAUCUCGCUCUUGGCCCUAGAUCCCACUCUCCUCCUUUCUCUCUUCUCACCCACCCACUGCCACCUCCUCCAGAGACCAGACUUCCCUCUCAAACUGGCACAAAGGCGUGGCAAACCCAGUUGAUCCAAAAGAGAAAGACCAGAGUUUCGUAAGCUCCCUCCUCAGUUCCCCUCCCCACCCUGUGCCAUCCUUCUCACCCUCUGGAGCUUCCAUGAUGGCAGCUUUGUCACCUAGUGGCAGAGGGUGCGACCCCCCAUGCACUUAACCCUGUUGUCUCCCCUCCCCCAAGAGGCCUCCAAGCCACUGGAUGGGGUUGGCCUUUGGGACCUGAAGUGAGCCUCUCUUGGGGGUGGAUGGGUGAAGAGUGUGUGUGUAUGUGUGUGUGUGUGAGAGUGUUUGUGUAUGUGUGAGUGUGUCUGUGUGUGUGUGUGUGUGUGUGUGUGUGUCUGUUGGGGAUGGGGUGGGCAUUGGAACCUUCGGUACAGGCAACCCUAGCUCCCUAGGGUUUUAGGGGUGGGGGUGGGAAAGGACCGCAUUCCAGGCGGGACCUUGUGGAACCAAGCUGGGCUAGCAAGAUGGCGGUCAAGGGGAGAACUCAAAGCUAAUAAAACUGCAUGGUGCUUAACCAGGAACUCGUGUGACCUAGCUCAAGCUGUCAGCUCGGAGCUGAUAAAUGCAUGGCAGACUAUAACUGGCUCUACCUUUCCCCCUCUCCACCUUCCCCUGCCCCGUCCUCUUUAAAAAAAAAAAAUUAUAUAAAAAAGUGAAAAAAAAUUCCAUGUUUCCUAAUUUGCACGAAAUUUUCUAUCACAUGAUGUGCCUUGCCUUCCAAGAAUAAGUAUUAACUUUCAACGGUAUCACCGCACAGAGAUAGCUGCAUGCUCUGCUCGUGUAGUUAAAAUAAAAUCAAAUAAAAAAUAAAAAUGGAAAAGGGGGAUGUACUUCUAUUUGUAAAAAACAAAACAAAACAAAACAAAAAAAUCACUGAACAAAAAACUCCAACCCAUUCAGCGUCCAGCCCUCCUCAGCUCCUUCUUUGGGCCCCACCUCCGUCCAUCUCUGUUCAUGUUUCUUGGGCCUAAAGAGGGGUCUACUCAUGGAAUGGCCACCCCAAAGCCUUUCUAGCUCUUGCCCCUUUCUCAGCUAUCUGCCCAAAGCUAAGCUUGAAGGGUCCAGGAGGCCAUUUGUUUUUAAUUUUGAAAUUUUAGCAUCCUAACCCUAAAGGAAUAGCCUGAAAUUGUCCCUGGGAGAGGAGGGCUGUGCUCCUACCACCCUGGAGGGCCACCUCCUGGAGCGUUACUCUGAGUGACUGUCUCCUAGGGUUAAGACCCUAACAGAGACAACCACCUCCCAGAGCAACACUCUAACUGGGAAUCUAUCCCUGAGGGUGUCACCCUAACUAAAAAACACCUGUCUUCUAAGAUGUCACCCUGACUGGAAUAACUGCCUCCUAGGGUAUCAGCUUCAUGGAAACAUCUGCCCCUUAGCAUGUCAUCCUAACUGGAUGGCUGUCAUCUUAGGUGUCACCCUAACUGGAAACCACUUGUCCUAUACGGUGUUACUCUAAUUGGGUUGAUUGCCUCCCUGGGUGUCACCCUGAUCAAAACACCGGUCCCCUAAAAUGUCACCCUAUUUGGUAUGAUUGCCUUCCAGGGUGUCACUCUAGCUGGGACAGUUGCCUCCCAGUUUAUCACCCUAACUGAGAUGACAGAUCCCAUCCUUCCAACUCUAAAAUUCUAUAGAUCUUCUGCCUGUCUCCUGGACAGACAGGCAGGAAGUGAGUCACCCAGUUAGGGUUCAGGGUAUCCAAAUAUCAUUUAACCCAAGAGAGAUGGUCAUUCUUGUGUCUCUUCCACCUGACUCCUCCCCCCAAAUAAGUUUUGCCAAAGCCCUUCUUUUCCCUUCCCCUUCACUCCCCACUUGGUGGGCCAUUUGGGGUUGGAUUUGGCUCCUGUCCUGACAGCUUCUCCCUUGCUUCAUGUCUUCCAGUUGUGAAUACAAAUGCAUCUAGUAUGGCAAAAGUAUAUAUUUAUCUAUCUUUCUCUAUAUAUGCAAUACCUGUUUAGUCUCUGCUCCUAGGUCUGGCUAACCACUCUCAGUGACUUCAUGGUGAGACAGGAGGAGGGCCUUAGAGAAGCUGCAUUAAUCUGGGAGUGGGUUAGGAUGGAGGCCAAUGCUCCCAUUUCAUUUCCUUGGCAGUUUUGUGUGUUUGUUUGUUGUUGGGUUGUUUUUUUUCCUAAUUGACCAAAGCAAAGCAUGUGCUGCAUUUCUCCUCCCUCAAUGCUUUCCUUUCUCCUCACCCCUGGUUACAGGGGCCCAGGGUUUGGGGUGAGGGACUGAUCCAGUGACCUAAGCUGUGAAAUUAAGGGAAAGAACUGCCUUCCAGCCUCUGGUCCUUUCUUUUUUGGGGGUCCCUUCUUGGAGAAUCCAGCUUCCAACAAUCAUCCAUUUCAUCAUUAGGUCAGGUCUUCCCACCCAUCUUUUAUGCUCUUUAGAGAGUAGUCUAGAAAUGAGAGCAAGGGAUCACCAAGGACUUGUAGCUCAUCAUACAGGUCUUGGGCAGCCUGGAGAGGUCUGAGAUUCUAUCUUGGUCAUAAUGGCUCAAUGGCUUCUUCUUCAUCGCCACCCCAAGCUAUCAUCUUCCUUGGCCUCCUUUGACACCUGCUUUUGACUCUUGGGCAAGGCAAAAAAAUGGAGCCACUGGCUCCAAUUUCUACCCAAUGAGAGCCCCAGUUCAUCUUGGAUUUUAGCAACUCCUUUCCCUUUAUGUCCCAUCCUGUCUUCUUUCAAAAGUGCCACCAAAGGCCAGAGCAGUGGGGAUUGAUGGUAUGACAACUCCAUGCUAUCUUGUUAACCAAAUCUGAAAGCUGUGGAAGUUUGUGUCUGAGAAUCAGGUUGAAUGUGACUGAUUAAACAACAAAGCCUCUUUUGUGUUAGCUAAACCAGAAGUAGCUAGAGGGUUCCUGAAGAGACCCUAGGGGUCAAGCCAGAAAGAGUCUUCCUGAGGUCAUUUUGUCCAUCUCCCUACCUCCAUGCUUGCCUGUAUCUCAUCACCAUUACCAUCCCUUAACUCAGGAAGGAUAUGUAGGGUUCCUCCAAGUCAAGAACUCCCAGAGCCAAACAUCUCUUUUUCUGUUCACUCAUUGCACAAAUAGUUUUUGAGGGCAUGGGGCUAUUCAAGACCCAGAUCUGUCAUCUUCCAGUUAAACUCUGAAACAAAUCAGGGUUCCUGCCAGUGAGGCCCCUGGGCAGAUAAGACUCCAUCACUUUCUCCUUUCCUUUUUGUUCCCAUUCUCUUCUCAGUAGUAAAGACCUUUCUCCUGCCAGUAUCCAGGAGCUUUUGACUAGAAUUCUAUGGAAAGGGAAAGAGAGAUUGGAAACCCAUCAUGUGCAUGGAAAUUCCUGCAAAACAAUGGCUUUGUUGCAGAAUGGACAUAAAACACAGAGUACCUAUAGGGCCCAGGCUGGAGUGGCUCUGGGGUUUUGGGGAGUGAAGGUGAUCUAGUUCCUUUCUAAGAGUUGCCAUGAUCACCCUCUUCCCCCCCCCAAAAAAAAGUGCAAGAGGAUAUGCUAAGUCACAGCCCUUGAUCUAAGUGGUUAGUCAGUGUAUUUCACUCCUCUGGCUAAACUUCUGGAGUUGGUAUAAGAAAAAGAGAUGCCCUUGUGUUGGUAGAUAUGCAUCUGAUUUGAAAGGCUAACAGAAUCUUCCCAAACAAAGGAGAUUUUGGUCAAAGGACCAAAUUUUCCCAAAUUUGAGCCUCACCACCUCCUGCCAUCCAGGUGCUUAGGGAGAUCUGGGAGCUUUACUAGCCAUGUCCCCAUUUUCAUGUGCUCCAUGAACAGAAGAAUUCAGGUUCCUAUCUAGUCCCCCCUUGUACUUAAGAUGUCUCAUUGGUCACCAGUUACCCAACUGCCUACAGGGCACCUGUCAUCUGCCUGGCAGUUGCUGCUUCCUUCCUUCAUUUACCAAGAUAUGAAAUUCUGAAUGCCACCUCCACCCAAAAUAUGGUAUGGCUUUGACUGACCAAAUGGCUCAUCUCUUCCUGGUUCAGAGUCCAAUGGCUCUCAUUGCACUAACCUGUUUACCAUCAGGUAGUUUUUUCAUCUGCUUUGUCUGUUCCUAGAAUCUCCUCAGACCAUUCAGGGCAUGACCACACACAAGCACACACAUACAUACACACACACACUCAUACACACACACACACACACACACACACACACACACACACUCCCUAGCCUUCAAUGACACUAUUUACAAGACUUUCAAAAGAGACCACCCCAAAGGUCCAAUACUGGAUUAAACCUAGGAAAUCAGGUCCUAAAGGGGUUGUCCUGCAUUAUUUGAAAUUCAAGAUCCCCUUCUGGAUGAGGAAGUUGUGACAAAUAAAUCUUUAGCCUAACUCCAUCUCUUAAGAGAUAUCUCAAAUCUUUAGCAGUUUGGUCUGGGCCACCUGCCUUCUCUCCAACCUCUCCCACCCAGGAAGGAAAUAAACUCCAGGGGAAAGAGCAGAGGGGAGCCACAAGCUCUAUUUGAUUGAGAGAAGAGGCCAGAGGAACUCUCUGGUUAGCCUCUCUUCUCUCUCAGUCCUAGAGAGUGCAGAAAAGAAGGGACAUCCCUCCCCACCCCCCUCAAAAUGGUCUUCUUAGAGAGGCAUCAGGGGAUGAGGGGACCCUACUUUCCCAGGGAUAUGCGUAUUACAAAUCUUCAUUCUCUUCUCUGAACUUCACACUCAUCCAGACACAGGAGUGGAGGAUGGGAGCAAAGGGGAGAGAGCAAUGUAAGCAGCUAGACAGUGAGCACCCCCCAAAAAUGAGAUAAUAAUCCCUUCUUCAAGGUUCUAAGAUGGAGUUCUGAGAUGACCCUUUCCCUAAGUGCUCAGCCCCAAAACCAGUGUUCAUGCCUCAGGACUUCAACUUCCAAGCAGUCCUCAAAAUCCAAAUGGCUUAGGCCUCCAAGCUUGGCUGUUCUUGGCUUGGCAUUCAUGCACUACAUUGGCUGCCUUGGUGGCCACAAUCUCAAGUUGGAUCAGAUAGAAGCAGAGGUGGGAGGGAUAUGUGGAGAUUACAGUGAGAGAGGAGGCCCACAGAGACCUGUUCACCUAGACCAACAAAUUCCAGAGUCCUCCAGUAGAGCUCACUGGAAAACAUCUCAAAUCAACAAAAUUUAAGCUGCCUCCUUCCACCCAAUCUGACCAUCCCCAGACCAGGCCUCAUUGAUGGUACUUUAAACUUUAUCAUCCACACACAAUGUUUUUGUGAUAUGGAUCAUAAAUUGCUGCUCUUGAGGGGUCAGUUUCUGUAACUGGCACAUCAUCCAAGAACCUUGGUUUUGCUCUUCAUUUUGAGUGGAUGAAAGUCUUCCUCCCAUUCACAUCCCCCACUCUGGUCUAUAUUUUCUCCCAUACCAUGUCAUGCUACUUCCCCUUCCUGCCCACCAGGCAUCUGGAAAGUGGUAGAUCAGCUGCUGAAUCUCUGAUCAGCCUCAGUUCUGGUCAUAAUAUUUUCCCCUUCUCAAGUGUGCCUCCUACCCCUCUAGUAUCUACUCUCCAUUAUAGCUGGAUCGAGGCCCCUCUGGUGCUCCAUCAUUUAUCCAUGAUUAAAAAUAGCCACACAAUUAAUAAGAAGGCCUCUGUCUCUUUUCAAGGGAGGGAUUGGGACAAGGUUUUGGGACAAGGGAGAAGGAGGGAAAGCCAACCAAAAGUCAAAGCAGCAGGACUGUUGACAUCCAAACCAAAAAACAAUUGUUCCCAAGCAGUGCCUCGCAAGUCUCUGCUGGCCUGGCUUUGAGGGCUAUUUCUCAUCUGGCCAUCUGAGUCCUUGCUUAGGAAGCUGUAGAGAAAGAGGGUUAUUUGCCUCCUAAAAAGUGUAUAUCUCAAUCCUGAGAGGAUAAGUCCAGCCUGUGAUUCAGGUGACGGCAGGGUUCUAAGGCGAUCUAGAGAACUUAGAUAGAGUCAGAUGUUCCCUGGUCUGGAGGUCUUUGAGGCUGUAGAUUCCAUAUUUUCCAGGGCUUUGGAACAUAAAGGUGGUAGAGACUGAGCCUGGCAGAAUCCCAGGCCUAGCUGGAAGCUGGAAUGGGAGUCUAUCUGUUCUUCCCUGUGGAGCCCACAUUCCAGACCUGGAAUGAGACAGGAGAACUCUGGAGCACAAAUGAGGAGAUGGGUUUUGUGGGGGGAGGUGGAGCAUCCAUCUAAGACUGCCCUCCUAAUCCAAAGCAGUGCUCUAUUCAGAGCCGCAGGCCUCCAGAAGCCAUUCGCUCCAUCCUCCAAGAGGGUAAGAUUCUGCUUUACCAAUGAGUCCAUGGGUUUAUUGGACUGAAGCAGGGGGUGGGGAGACAGUUGUGGCUUUCUGCCAGCACCCUGGACAAGGGAGCAGGUGGACAAUCCAGGGCACACCCGUCUAGUCUCUAGCUCCUUUUGUCUCCUGCCCUGGCAUUACCCUCUCUGAAUCUUGGCCUCAAAACGAUUUAUCCUUCCAAAUACUUGGGCUCCAAUGACCCCUCUCAAGCACCACCACCACAACCACCAAAAAAACAAACCAAAGGCUCUAUCUAAGACACCCUUGGUCCCAACCCCAGACUCAUCCUUUCCCAGUUCCUGACCCAGCAAAGUAGCCCAGGCUCCUGACUCCUCUUCAGUGCAUUGGACAGGAGUUGGCACGAGGCAGGAGGGACAGUUCCCUCAACCCCAGACUUUUCUGUUACAGUUUCCAUAAAUCUUAUUUUGAUCACUCAAAGACAAAAUACAGGUGAAUGGGGUGGGCGGGGAGGGAGGAGAGUGGAUGUUACAUAGAGUGAGAUCAAGUACCAGAGAGUUCUCUCUGGGAAUAUGAUAUAAUGGAGAGAAAAAAAAAAAAGAAUUUGCUUUACUGGUGUCCUCUUCAGUUGUUUUUUGUGUGCGUGUUUUGUUUUGUUUGUUUUGUUUUCUCCAAGAUUUCUUUUUCCAUUUUAUAUUUUAUCAAUAUUAUGGGACUAGUUAAUCUGUUUCUUGCUUCUUGCUUACUGCACCCAUCCCACAAUGCCCUCAACACACACACACACACACACACACACACACACACACACACACACACACACACACACUCACCAUGCAUCAAAGAUUGGAAACCACCGCAGGCCCAGGACUGAGCUCUCUUAUCCUUGGCCUACCCAUCAACAAAUACAUACACAGUUGGCCCAAUUCCAAGGGCACAAUAUUGGAACUGGGAUGGAGGAAGGGAUCUAACUGUGCCCUUCCUCCUCCCCCCUUCCUGCUACCUGUUCCCUCUCCUCCUGCCUCAGUUUCCCUCUCUCCCUUCCCCCCCUCCUGCGCCUCACACCCUAUUUGAUUAUAACAUUGUAUGAUGCAGCCCUUACGGUCUAGCCGAUGCGCCUACCUAAAUACCAUUUACUGAAAGUGACGAUGGUUUGUUCCCUAUGCAAAAAAAAAAAGAAAAAAUAUUCCAAAAAAAAGAAAAAAAUGUAUAAAACAUUAAACAAGCUAUGCUCCAACUCUA